CCUAUUUAUUUGCAUUAAGUUUUAUUUUAGAAAUGUGUUCUUUAGGAUGUGUUGCAGCUUUAAGCUUUCUAUGAUUAAUGAUGAACCUUGUAAUAUGAUUUAAUAGUAAAACGUUGAAAUAGCAUCACAACUUUGAAAGUUCCACAUAAUUGAAUGUGAUAUUUAAAUAAAAAUAAAAUACAACGGUUAACUUGGGUUUUUGAUACCUCAUGGAUAAGGAUGCAUCUUAUUGCAGUUGUUGUGGAAAGUGCACACAGAUGUUAACAGCAGUUGGUCUGACAGUGUCCACGACAGUUUUUAUUGCAACAUACGGUUGCUCUUUAAAAACAGAUAUGCGUGUAGUGAUAGCAAUUUACCUGCUCAUCUUAAACAUUCUAACAGCGUUGGUGUUUUGGUUUGAUAAAUAUUGCGCCAAAAAUAAUCGAUGGAGAGUUGCUGAAAUUGUUUUGCUUUGGCUAACAUUUUAUGGCAGUCCUAUUGGUGCAUUGUUGGGUAUGUGCUGUGUUUGUUGUUUGCACAAAACAAAAAAAACGACAUUUCUUUUACCUGCUAUCGGUUUAAUGAUGUUCAAUUUAUUUUGGGUAGCUAUUUACUUCAUAGCUACUGCACAUAAGUCUAUGUCAAAAUGUAAUGAGUAGUUGUUAUUUUUUUCUACUUGUGAUGAUUUAAAUCCAGGCGGUGUCAUUCAUGAAUAAUCGUUUAUAACAUAGUUAAUGUAUGACUCUUUAAAAUCACUGCCACAAUAAGGACAAACAAAUAGAAAAUUAAAAAAGAAACCUAUAAUAACAUUCACAUAAUAUUUAUGUAGGAAUAUUAAUGUAGGCAUUUAAUAAUUAAAAUUAUUUUUUGUCUGUUUGUAUUUGUGUUGAGUUUGCAAUACAAUGGUACAAAUUGCUGUA